AAAAACUUUUUUUGCCGGCAUUCCUUUCGAUAGUAGAUAAAAUACUUUGUAUUACAUAGUUUAUCUCUAAUAAGAAUCUAGUUGGAAUACAUUGUGAUUUGAAAAUAUAUCGAAAAUGGCGGCAGUAGUUCCUAGAGUGAAAUUCCAUAAUGGAAUUGAAUGUCCGAUUCUCGGAAUAGGAACAUGGAAGUCAAAGCCAGGUGAAGUAACCCAAGCUGUAAAGGAUGCUAUAGACAUUGGAUAUCGUCACAUAGACUGCGCGUUCGUGUAUGGCAAUGAGAAGGAAGUGGGGGAGGCUAUUACUGCUAAAAUAAAGGAGGGAGUUGUUAAACGGGAGGAUUUGUUUAUUACCUCCAAGUUGUGGAACACUUUCCACCGCCCGGAUUUGGUGAGGGGUGCGUUGCAAAAGACAUUGGAGUAUUUAAAUGUGGACUAUUUGGAUCUAUAUUUAAUACAUUGGCCGCAGGCUUAUAAGGAAGAUGGAGAUUUAUUCCCUAUGGAUGAGUCAAAUAAGAUCCAAUUCUCCGAUGUGGAUUAUUUGGAUACAUGGAAGGCUCUAGAACCAUUACAGAAAGAGGGUUUAGUGAAAAGUCUUGGAGUUUCAAACUUUAAUUCUAAACAAUUAACCCGUUUGCUGCAAAUUGCUACUGUGAAACCCGUUACUAACCAGGUGGAAUGUCAUCCGUAUUUAAACCAAAGUCGUUUAAAAUCAUUCUGUGAGGAACAUAAUAUAUUGAUAACUGCUUACUCCCCGCUGGGGUCUCCGGACAGACCCUGGGCUAAGCCCGGAGACCCUCAACUCUUGGAGGAUGAGAAGUUGAAGGUGAUCGCUGAUAGACUGGGGAAGACUGUGGCUCAAGUCUUAAUUAGAUAUCAAAUAGACCGCGGCAACAUUGUGAUACCUAAGUCGGUGACAAAAUCUAGAAUUGCGAGCAACUUCCAGGUGUUUGACUUCAAAUUGUCUAACGAAGAUCUGGAACUAAUCAAUAGUUUCGAUUGUAACGGACGUCUGGUGCCAAUGACGGCUUCUCUCGGCCACAAAUACCAUCCUUUCGAGAACGAUGAUUAUUAAACGAAAAUACAAUGUAAUUGUUGAAUACUAAAAGGCAUUUAUUGUUAAGUAUGAAUAAAGGAAUUUAUAUUUGAA